AUGUGGCCCUCAGGCCGGCUCUUCGGCCUCCAGGUCAGCCCGCUUCUUACAGCCGGCUUUGGUGUCGCCUGGGAAUGCCCUUCAUAUGCCGAGGAUGGAUACGCAAGAGAGACAGAAAUUGAGCUGCGGUCGAAAUUAGAAGUUCCGGGGAUAGUUUGCCUGCCGAAGCACACUGGUCCCCAUGCGUGUGCCGUCUUUCUGGCGGGUUCAGGACCCUGUGACCGAGACUCGAGCAUCGGCUCGUUGAAACCCUUCAAAGAUCUCGCGCUAGGUCUUGCGCAGGGAGGUAUUGUAUCCGUACGAUUCGACAAAGUCACGUUGAGACACGGCCAGAAGUUCAGGAACCGAUCGUCUUUGACAAUAGCCGACGAAUACUUUGACCAAGCCAAUGCUGCUAUCGAAUAUGCGUCUCAGUACCCAGAGAUUGACUCGGACCGCAUUUUCUUGCUUGGGCACAGUCUCGGUGCCACUAUUGCUCCAUAUCUGGCCCAAGUCGACAACCGAAUUCGUGGGAUCGUUCUUCUGGCACCACCUGGCGAGGCCGUGUACAAAGCCUACGUCCGACAGCUUCGGUACUUUGCUUCACUGGACAGCGAUCUAGUCGAGUCCACACAAGAGCUCAUUGCAGACGCCGAGAAGAAAUCAGACGCCGCAGACAGACUGGGCCCUGAUUCAACUACCGCUCCUCGGGACCUCCCGUUCAGUCUACCAGCCUGCUAUUGGAACAGCUGUCGUGAGCUUGACCCCAUUGGAACUUGCAAGGCAAUGGACAAGCCAAUAUUAUUGCUGCAAGGCUCCCGUGAUUAUCAAGUGACAGUGGAGGAUAAUUUCACGGCCUGGAAGAGCCAGCUUCGUUCUAAGCAAGACGUGGCCCUGGGCGUGCUUGAAGACCUUGAUCAUUGCUUUAUUCGAGGAGAGGGUCUAUCAAUUCCCGCAGACUACGAUAAAGCAGGAAACGUGGAUGCAACCGCUGUUGAUACCAUCACCGAGUGGAUCAUGAGCACCUCUGGUGGUCCACACAGCGGUGCAUGA